GAAGAUAAUAAUGAAGACUGUGAAGGUGGCGCAGCCGUGUUCGACGAAAAUGUUCUCUCAUUCGCCAAUAUUCCAUUACCCAUUGCUUCAAAUAACAAUUCUCACUUAUCAUCAUCCUAUGAACGUGAAUACAGACGUGAGGUCUUUAAGACACAGCGUAUUCUUAUUUGGCCUCCAACUGACACUUCCAAUGUUACAAAACCUUCUGUGUUCUACUUCGGGGAGCUUGUCGGUGAUGAGUCUUAUCAGUUUGAAUUCUGCAAUCUCCACAACACAAUGUUUACUGGCGAUGUUUUGCACUCCAUGCAAAGUCGUCCUGAAUCCAGACAAACAUCGAGUCUCUGUCCAUGGUACAAUUUCUUCCGACAUAAGCACUAUUCCGAUCAUUUGAGCUUGGCUGCCAUCUAUGGCAUUUCCUUCACAUUAUCCCAAAGAAAUAUGCCAAUACCAAUAUUGACCAAUGACUUUUGUCCGUGGUCCCAAGUAGACGGAAGAGGUAUUUGGGACAUCUUGGGUGGGCUGUUUUGUGAGCAACAACGACGACGAAGCUCAGCAGCGAGUACGCCAUCACAAGAAGUUGUACAAGACCACGACAUGGAGUUCAUUUCCAGCACGAAUUUUGAAGUGGAGAAUGGUGACGCUGACAAAGAACGCACCGAAGAAGAAGUGGAAGACGAAGAAGAGGUAGUAGAAGAGAAGGCGGAACAUUACGAGGUAAUGAUGCAGAAUCAGCAGGAUGCAAAUAACACGGAACAAAAGGAGGAGGUGGAUUAUUUGGCAACCCCCAAAGAAGCAACAUCAGUUCUGGUCGCAGAAGAAGAAGAAGUUAGAGAAAUGGAGGCACAGGAUGAGAUCAGUGUUUCAGCAGACACUCAGUCAUCAUGGUCUUCAUUAAGUUUCGAAACGGAACCUGAGGAAAUUUUGAACUUGAUGGAAGACGGUAAUACUAGCAAUGGCUACUUUCAGUGUGUGGUCGCAAACAAUGUGAAACUGCAACCACAUUGGCAGUGGUUUUUCCGUCAGACACGAUGGCCCUUUCGUUUCGCUCCGCAGCAGAAUAUUGAUGUGUCCGUGCAUGAGAAUCGGAUCCCGCCAUGGCGAGCGAGUGUCGGGCGUCUGUUUACGGAUGUCUGCAAUUUUUGCAAACGAAACCACCAAAUGCAAAAUCUCAUUCUCCUCGAUCCCAUGGUAAGUGUUGUUCCUUGA